AUGUUAAAAAUUAAUUCACCAAAGGCAAAUGAUACAUUUUCUGAUAUUAUUAGAGAAAAUGAAAGAAUUAAAAGGGGCUUACCCCCAACAAAUACUAAAAAAAAUAGUUUUGCAAUGCUAAAAAAUACAAAAGAUUAUGUAUCACCAUUUAGAUCAGGACUUACAGGUGUUAAUAAAACUCAAUUACAAGCAAUUAAAACACAAAGAUUUCCAACAACUAGUGCAACUUCAGAUUAUAAUAAUUUAAGUACAAAAGAAUUAGGUUUUAAGAAUUUAAAAGAUAGUGAUAAAAGAAUUAAAGAUAUCAAAUUUCCACAAUAUUUAACAGAAAAUGAAAUUAGACAAGCUGGUAUAAUUAAUGACUUAAAAGGUAAAGAAGAUAGACUAAAUUAUUGGAAUAAUUCACAACAAAUUAUUGAUUAUACACAAAAAUCAAAAUCAAAAUCAAAAUCUUCUGAAAAAAAUGAAAUUUUACAAUCAAAUGAAUCAACAAAUAAAUUUAAUGAAAUUAGAUUAAAUGAUCAAUUAGAAGAUGCUAAAGCAUUAAAUUUGUCAAAAGAAUCUAAUAUUAAAAAACCUGAAAUCGAAGAAGAAGAAGAAGAAGAAGAUCUUGUGGAGACGGCAUCAAUUCCAAUGUUUACAAAUAUUGGGAAAUUAAUUCAACCAACAAUAGUUACUGGUGCAGCAGCAACAUCAACAGGGAAUUUACCAAAUAAUUACGUUUGUAUGGAUUCAUCAAAUCAAAGUAUAAUUAAUAAAAAUAGUCUUGUUGAUGCUACAGAUUUAAUUAAUAGAUAUAAAGUUUUAAAACCACCAAUGGAUCCCCAAUUGGCACCAAAAGUACCUUAUUCAGAUCCGUCAAUGGCUCAUAAGACUACACAAGGACAAAAUGAAGCCGAUCAACAAAUAAAUCCGAUUGCUUCUCCAGAUGAAAAAGAAAUGAUUGUGAAAAUUGAUAAAUAUGGUCAUCUUUCAAAAGCUGUAUAUGAUAAAGUGAUUUAUGAAGGUGAUGUUCAUACAAAUUAUUUAAUUGAUUUUGAUGAACAACAACGUAAAAAAUAUAAUGAUAAGAUUCAAAAAUAUGAAGAUAAAUUUAAGAGAAUUCAACAAAAGAGAGAAAUUAUUCAACAAAAGAUGAAUCAAUUAAAAAUGGAUACAUUAGGUAAACUUGAAGUCAUUGAUAAUAAACUAAUUAAAGAUAUAAUGGAUUCUAAUGCUAAAUAUACUGAUGAUAAAGCUCAUAUUAUGAAAGAAACCGAAUUAACUAAAUUAAAGAAAUUAAAUGAAUGUAAAUUUUUUUAUCAAAAACAAAAAUUAAUUCAGGGACAAAUUAAUGUUCUUGGUGUUGAAAGAAGUAACGUAUAUGAUAAUUUUACAGAGUUUGCCACUCAUAUGAAUAAUGUAUCAGGUGAAUUGGAUGCAAAAUUAUUUAGAUUAAAUCAAAUUAAUUAUCAAAGUGAUCAAAUUAGGAAAGAAAUUGAAGGUUUGGAGCAAAAAAGAACAGUAUUAGAAAAAGAGAUACAGACUAAUGAAACAACAAAUGAAACUAAUACUAAGACUCUUUCCCAAUUGCAAACUGGUGAACACGAAAAGAAUCAAACUUUGAAUACAAUUAAUGAUACCAUUAAUGAUAGACUAGCAUUAUUAGCUAUUGUUAAACAGGAAUCUAAGAAUGAGAAUUUGAAAAUUGCUCAAUUAACCGAUAAGAUUAAUCAAAAGAAUAAAGAAACAGAAACUAGAAUGCAAAAGGAAAUUGAUGACAAUAAGACCAAUUAUGAAAACAUUAUUGCUAAAAACAAAACUGACCUUGAACAAAAACUAGCAGAUUUGGAAGUAACACAUAAAGAAAGAUUAGAUCAAAUCACAAAGGAUUAUGAUGAAAAGGUGGCGACAUUACAAAAGAAAGUCACUCAGCAACAAGAAGAAAAAGAAGAAGCUGCCGCUGCCGCUGCAAGAGCAAAACUAUCAGCUGCUCCUGAAGACAACUCUUUAUAUUCUUAUGAGACUGAAGAAGAAAUUAUUUAUCAAUAA